AUGAUGCUAUCACGUAGACUAGCCCACGGGGCGCACAAGGCGGUGCGGGUGCAGACGCGCGCGCUGUCGAUUCACGAGUACCAGUCCUCCGAGCUGCUACGGCAGUACGGAAUCGGCACGCCGCGCGGCCAGGCCGCCAGCACGGCGCAGCAGGCGUACGACGCAGCCGCCGGGCUGGGCCACGAGCUGGUGGUGAAGGCGCAAGCGCUGACGGGCGGACGUGGAAAGGGCCAUUUCAACACCGGGCUGCAGAGCGGGGUGCACAUGAUCUCCAGCGCGGAGGAGGCGCGGGAACUUGCGGAGCAGAUGCUGGGCAACCGCCUGAUUACGAAGCAGUCGGGCGCCAAGGGCAAGCCGGUCAGCGCGGUCUACGUGGUGGAGCGCGUCAAGGCGCGCCACGAGGCGUACCUGUCGAUCCUGAUGGACCGGCAGACGAAGAAGCCGCUGAUCAUCUGUUCCAGCCAGGGCGGCAUGAACAUCGAGGAGGUCGCGCACAGCAACCCCGACGCGAUCAAGAAGUUCUACGUGGACGUCAAGAAGGGCCUCGACGCGGAGACCGCGGCCGCGGUCGCGCGCAGCCUGGGCUUCAGCCAGGAGGCGGAGGCCGACGCCGCGGACGCGGUGCAGAAGCUGUACAAGAUCUUCCGCGAGAAGGACGCGACGCAGAUCGAGAUCAACCCGCUCAGUGAGGUCGAGGGCCAGCACACCAAGGUCAUGUGCAUGGACGCCAAGUUCGGCUUCGACGACAACGCCAGCUUCCGCCAGCAGGAGGUGUACAGCUGGAGAGACCUCACGCAGGAGGACCCCGACGAGGUCGUCGCCAAGAACUCGGACCUCAACUUCGUCAAGCUGCAGGGCAACAUCGGCUGCCUCGUCAACGGCGCCGGCCUCGCCAUGGCCACCAUGGACGUCAUCAAGCUCUACGGCGGCGACCCCGCCAACUUCCUCGACUGCGGCGGCGGCGCCACGCCCGAGACCAUCGAGACCGCCUUCAAGCUCAUCCUCUCCAACACCAAGGUCAAGGCGAUCUUCGUCAACAUCUUCGGCGGCAUCGUCCGCUGCGACUACGUCGCGCAGGGCCUCGUCGCCGCCACCAAGAACCUCGACGUCAAGGUCCCCAUUGUCGCCCGCCUCCAGGGCACCAACCUCGAGGAGGGCCGCCGCAUCAUCAAGGAGUCCGGCCUCAAGAUCUACGGCUUCGACGAGCUCGACCCCGCCGCAGAGAAGGUCGUCGGCCUCGCUGCCAGCAGCUGA